AUGCCUGGGGAAGCGCUCCGACGCCCAAGGUUCGCCGCCAAAUGGCUCUGUACGCAGAGCUCGGUUACACCGCAUUUGACAUGUCGGACUCCCCCUUCUCUUCAGGCUGAUCAUUAUGGUAGCUCUGAGAUUAUCUUUGGACAAUUUCGGCAAAAUUUGCCCCAUCCUGAGAGUGUAGUUGGCGCCACGAAGUGGUGUGUUUUCCGCCCCACGAAUCCAACGCGCGCCGUAGUAGAGGCUGCGGUACAAGAGCGUCUCGAUCGCAUGCAAGCACAGCGCGUCGAUCUGUUGCAGUUUCAUUGGCAGGAUUACAGCGACAAGGGCUACUUGACCGCCCUACGAUACUUGCAAGAUCUGCAGGCUGAGGGUAAAAUCGCGACGAUUGGAUUGUGCAAUUUUGAUACAAUUCGCACCGAUGAAAUCUGCACGGAGUUGGGGCCGGGAUCCAUUGUAUCAAAUCAGAUUCAGUUCUCGCUGAUCGACACGCGUCCGCUCCACGGGAUGGCGGACGUCUGUGGGAAGCACGGUAUUAAACUGCUUACAUAUGGUACACUGUGCGGCGGUUUCCUCGCAGACAAAUGGUUUCACAAGGCUGAGCCAGAUCUCUAUUCCGGGAACCUUACCCCGUCCCAACGCAAGUAUCUCGACAUGAUUCUGAAAGCGUGGGGAGACUGGUCCUUAUUCCAGUCCCUGCUAUCUGUGCUACGCGACAUUGGCGACAGACAUGGUGGUGUUAGCAUAGCGAAUGUGGCGACACGCUGGGUGCUCGACCAUCCUUGCGUUGGCGCUGUUAUCAUAGGCGCGCGGAUGGGCUUGUCUGAACACACCGAUGACAAUCAGAAAGUGUUCGCCUUGCAGCUCACCAACGCAGAUAAGGCAGCGAUCGAAGUGGUGCUAGAACGCUCGAAUGGUAGACGAUUGAUUACAACAAUUGGAGACUGCGGGGCGGAAUAUCGAUAA